AUGUGGGUCCACAUUUAUUCCGUGUCGCCCUGUUCAAAACACACACACAAGCACAUCUAUCUAUCUAUCUAUCUAUCUAUCUAUCUAUCUAUCUAUCUAUCUAUCUAUCUGUUUCAUGUGUGCGUGUGUGUUUCUAUCUAUCUAUCUAUCUAUCUAUCUAUCUAUCUAUCUAUCUAUCGCGGCGUUGUUGAAUUCAUACUACUCCUACCUCGCUUCCCGUCUAUAUACUGCUCUCACCUCGCUUCCAGUCUAUAUACGGCGCCUACCUCCUUCCAGUCUAUAUACGGCGCCUACCUCGCUCUCCGUCUAUAUACUACACCUACCUCGCUUCCCGUCUAUAUACUACGCCUACCUCGCUUUCCGUCUAUAUACUGCUCCCACAUCGCUUCCCGUCUUUAUACUGCGCCCACCUCGCUUCCCGUCUAUAUACUGCGCCUACCUCGCUUUACGUCUAUAUACUGCUCCCAUCGCUUCCCGUUUUUUAUACUGCCCCACCUCGCUUCCGUCUAUACUGCUCCUACCUCGCUUCCCGUCUAUAUACUGCUCCUACCUCGCUUUCCGUCUACUGCUCCCACAUCGCUUCCCGUCUUUAUACUGCGCCCACCUCGCUUCCCGUCUAUAUACUGCUCCUACCUCGCUCUCCGUCUAUAUACUGCUCCUACCUCGCUUCCCCCUUUUCAUUAUCUAUCUAUCUAUCUAUCUAUCUAUCUAUCUAUCUAUCACAGUCCCUAUUGA